AUGAGCGGAUUCCCGAGAUGCGUAGCGCGCUCAGGCGAAGUCUCGCCCCCAAGCGCGCAGCCCCCAGGCGAAAGGCACAUGGCGAUGGCGGACGAGGUCGAGCCUCUCGUCGACGUUGAAGGUGGAAACACAUACAACAAAGAUGACCCUCAGCCUUUUCUGCACUGCAAUGCCAUCUGGAUCUGUGUCUGUGUUUGUGUUGUGUGGUGUUGGAUGUGUGUGACUGACCAUCCUGACCAAUCCAUCCAUCCAUCUAUCCAUCCAUCCAUCCCUGGGUGGCGUGGUCCAUCAGAGUUGAGUGAGGAUGAGGACGUCUUCGAGGUGGAGGAGCUCGACGAGGAGGGGCUGCCCGCCGAGGGUGAGGAGGACGAGGAGGAGGACGACAUCAACGACCUCAACAAACUCAUUGCACAGGCCAAGGAAACAAAAGGUCACACAGACACACAGGCAGACAGACAAGCAAGGCAAGAAAGGAUGCAUGGAUGGACGGUCGUGUUGGUUGUGUGGUUGAGUGUGGUGCAGAGGCUGAGGAGGAGGCGGGGAGGGCGCGGGGUCUGCCCGAGGCGUCCGAGCGUCCCGCCGUGGUCGACGACUUCAUUCGCAACUUUCUCAUGAAAUUCAACAUGAAAGAGACACUCGAGGCCUUCCAGGUCACACCGACUCACUCACCGACACACACACGCGCCGCGCCCUCGUCUCAAUUGUGUCUCUGUGUCUGUGUCUGUGUCUGUGCAUUGAUUCCUUCAUUGGUUGAUUGAUUCAGAGUGAGUGGUACGAGCUGCAGGAGGCUGGGAAGCUGGCGGACAGUGAGGGUGCCCUGGUGGUCCCCGAUGUUUACGUCACGCAGCAGACCAUGGCUGACGAAAUCCGAUCACUCAAGACGGAGCUCAGCCAAACCAGGGCCAUCGCUGCAAAGGCCAAGUGAGCUAGGGAGACAGACAGACAAGAAGGGCGGGGAUUCACUCACAAAUGUGCAGGAAACGAGCGCGCGCGUCUGUGUGUGUGUGUGUGUGUGUGGCGACAGGUCUGGUUGGGACAAGUUUCGUAAGGAGCGUGAUUUCCACCGGAUGCACCACAGAAGGGUCGUGCAGGAGAAGAACAAACUCAUCAGUAAGCCGAUGGAUGGAUGGACGCUCUCACCCAGCGAGUCAUUGUUGCCAUGUUGUCGACAACAUUUACCGCAGCUGAUCUGCGUCGCCUCAAGAAGCACUACGACCAGUAUGAGCCCACCCUUCACGAACUGAAAACAAGAUACGAGGUCACAACACACCCGCCUUGUGGCAUCCAGCUCUCCUUCGUCAUCUCCCUUCACUGUGUGUCUCCCAUCCCAUGUGUCUGUCUGUCUGUCUGUCUGUCUUUCAGUCAGUGAUGAAGGAGAAGAUGCUGCUCCGUCUGGAGCGAGACCGCCUGUUGGGCAAAGUCGACACACUGCAGCGACAGACCACCAAGAAGUCAGAGGCCGGCGAGGUGGGUGCGGGCGCCACCACCGCCACCGGUGCGGCCGAGACAUCGCUGCAGCAGCCCAGCACUUCCACCGCACCGCAAGCCCGGCUUAAGGGCGGGCCGUCGCAGACAGAGGGCGUCUCCACUGAAGGUGAGUGAGCACACCAGUCUCACCCUGAUUCCGGCCGUUCCCUCUGUGCGUGCGUGUGGUGCGCAGAGAGUCGUAAGCGUCGCCCGCAGCUGCAGGACACCCCCUGGCCGGCCGACGAGAGGCAGCGGAGGGGCGUCGGUGGGAUGCAGGUGACUGUCACCAGCACCGCCACCACCGGCCCCGCUGUCGACGCGGCCAGGCUCAAGCUGCACCGCACCUUCAAGGGCCACAUGGCUGCCAUCGCUGCCGUCGCCUUCCACCCCAAGAUGCCACUCGGUAGGACACGCACACAUCAACUGGACGGACCAGUCUGUCGAUGAAUUGAAUGUCGUUAUGUGCUGUGCUGUGUUGUGUUGUGUUGUGUUGUGUUGUAUGUGCGUGCAGUGGCGACGGCGAGCGACGACCGCACGUGGAAGACCUGGUCGAUGCCCGGCGGCGAGCUCGUCAUGAGCGGGGAGGGGCACAGAGUGAGUGAACCAGUGAAUGCGUGAGUGUAAGCAUUUGCUGCCUUUCUCAUUAUCAUCCACUGAUACGUCAUCAGGAUUGGCUGAGCGGUGUGGUUUUCCAUCCGCGCGGCAGUCGGUUGAUCAGCACGUCGGGCGACGGCACCGCCAAGGUGUGGGAUUUCGUCAAGGAGCGCUGUGUGCACACGUUCAAGGACCACUCGUCGGCAGUGUGGGGAUGCGACGUACACUGUGGAGGUGAGAUGCGCAUCACAGAUGCUAAGGGAUCAAUAAACGAACGAACGGACACACACCCAGAGAGGGAGAGGCUGCUUUGUGUGUCUCUGUUGCUGUCUGUGUGUGUGUCUUGAUUGCAGGCGACUUCCUUGUGACGGCCGGCAUGGACCACACCGCCCGCGUCUUUGACCUGAACAGGCAAGGAAAAACACAUACAUGGAUCAGGACACGAGACAUACAAGCCUGUCUAACAAGAUGGUGUGGGCGUCGGUGUGUUCUUGCAGCCACCGGUGCCGGCAGACGCUUCGCGGCCACGUGGAUGCUGUCAACUCGGCCAAGUUCCAGCCACAGAGCGCCAUCAUCUGCACCGCGUCGGGCGACAAAACGGUCACCGAGAUCAUUGACAAACGGUCAACGAAUAGAUGCUUGUGUAUUGUUUGUUCGUCGCUUGAUGCAGGUGUCUCUGUGGGACAUGCGGUCAGGCCUGUGCGUGCAGACCUUCUACGGCCACAGCAACGCAUGCAACCACGCCACCCUCAACUCACAGGCAGGAAAAUAAACUGCUGUCAUGUUAGGCAGCCAACCAUUGGCGCACGAACCAAGGUGCUGUUUUUCUCCAUGUCAUCAUAUGUGUAAUCAGGGUGCGGUCGUGGCGUCAUCCGAUGCUGACGGCAUCGUCAAACUCUGGGACGUCCGAAAGAUCGCCGAAAUACUGCAAAUCGACACAGGCACGGACACACGAACAGAUAGGCGAAAGGGAGAGACACGUGUGUGGUGUGUGUGUGUGUGUGUGUGUGGGUGUGGGUGUAUGUGUGUGUCCUGCUGUAGGUCGUUACCCCGCCAACGCAGCGGCAUACGACCCGAGCGGCAACACGCUGGCCAUCGCAUCGGGGGACGCAUCCAUCAAACUGUACAACCAACACCACAUCCAUCCAUCCAUCCAUUGGUGCACGUGUGUGGGUGGGGUGGCAGGUUCGAUGUUGAGCAGCAAGCGUUUGUCAGCAACCUGGAGGGACACGAAGACGCUGUACAGGUGACAAGAAACAAACUUGUUUGUACUGGCUGAUGUGAUAUGCGGAUGUGUCAUUUGUCGAGUGCAGGAUGUGGUGUUUGAUCCCCGCGGCAGCAUGCUCGUCUCGGCUUCAUCAGACGCAUCAUUCAGAGUCUGGCAGCCAUGACACACACGCACACAUGCGUCAACGAGUGCAUGGACAAGAAGUUGCUCGAUAAAGCCAAUUCGUCGGUAUACUGUGCGUCCACCACUCCAUGCAGAUACAUACACACACGUGUACGUGUCCAAAGGACUGGCAGGGCUAGAG